AUGUCUCAUCUCAAUGAAAAUGGUUCAAAUCGAACUGAUAAUGAGAAUCCUCAAAUUGAGGAAUUAACCUCGAAUAAACUAUUAACGUUUUUACAAACUUUAUUAAUCAUAAUUUUCGAUAUCGGUUUACCACUUAUUUUUUAUUAUACUCUUUCAACACAUAUAUGGAUUAUCUGGGCAUUAGUUAUAUCAAUUGUCCCACCAAUUAUUUCAAUAAUCUUUAAUUUUAUUUUUCGCAAGCAAUUUGAUGUUUUAGGAAUGCUUAGUAUAAUCGCACUGAUUUCUGCAAUUAUAUUGUUUUCAUUUCAAAAUGUUCCAAAAUUUUAUUCAUUAGGAGUGUCAUUCGUAUUUGGUGUAGUCAGCUUGGUACUUGUUAUUUCUAUAAUUCCGAUCAAGGUUGGAUCCUUUGAGAUGCGGCCCGUUUUAUUUUAUUGUAGUAAAUUGUUAGGUAUAAGUAGAUAUAAUAGUAUAGGUAGAUAUAGAGGUUUAACGAUGAUGAAAGGUGAAUCUAUUUCUGAGUGUUAUGAAAGAUAUUGGAAAAGCUCUGCAUCGUUUCGACGAUACCAUGUUAUCGUAACGGCAGGUUAUGGAUUUGUAUUCCUUCUUGAAUUGCUAAUCCAUAUUAUCAUUGUUUGCAACAAUGGUGUUGAUGAUAACGAUAGGAUAUUUUUUUACUCGUUUCCUAUUUUAGGUGUAUUUAUUGGCUUUUAUUCUUGUUGGGCACUAAGAAAAGGUUUUGAAGAAGAUAAUCCAAAUCAUGCUUAA